GUCGGAACGCUGGCGGCCGACCGUUAAACGGCCCAAGCGGCGACUCGUUCCCUCGACCUUCCCUCCCUCCCGUCUGUCUGUCUGUCUCAUCGCCACUGCCAGCAACAACAGCAGAGUCCAGCCCGAACCGAGCGGUGCCCUCCACCCACCCACUCCCCUACCUGACACUCUACCGAGUCUCCCCCCUCCCCCCCCGGGGGCUGGGCCAACUCAGCUCAGCUCAGGCCGGGCCGAGGCCUUCUUAGUUAGGUACUUUUGUGGCAAUAGCUCGCUUGUCCGCCAUCCUCGGACCGGGCUGGAGAGGGAGAGCGGCGCCGAGCCCUCCGGCUGGAGUCUGCAUUCGUCCCCUCGCCCCAUUCUUUCCUUCCCCUCCCUCUGUCCGCCGUCGAGGACCUCGGCUCGGCUCGGCCCCCCGCGUCGCCGCUUGCCGGUUUGCUUUCUGCUGGACAUUGUUUACAUUUGCCUUUCACUCUGAUAUCAAGAAUUGGCUGCCCAACUGACCAUGUGCAGCACUAUCUAGAUGGUAUGCAGUCUGUUGGUCAGUUGGAUAACAAGCCAUACCCAUGGAACCAGACAAUGAUGUUGCACUGGAUAUUUUGAUAACAAAUGUGGUCUGUGUCUUUAAAACAAGAUGCCAUUUAAAUCUGCGCAAGAUUGCACUGGAAGGAACAAACGUGAUCUACAAAAGAGAUGUAGGGAAGGUGUUAAUGAAACUGAGGAAACCCAGAAUAACGGCAACAAUUUGGUCUUCAGGGAAAAUUAUAUGCACUGGAGCUACAAGUGAAGAAGAUGCAAAAACUGGUGCUCGAAGAUUAGCCCGUGUUCUGCAGAAACUGGGUUUUCAGGUAAAGUUUGCUGGAUAUAAAGUAGUCAACGUUCUGGCUGUAUGUACAAUGCCAUUUGAAAUAAGGCUACCAGAAUUCACCAAAAAGAAUCGUCCAAUUGCAAGCUAUGAACCAGAACUUCAUCCGGCAGCAUCUUACAGAAUUAAAGCAUUAAAAGCUACACUUCAAAUCUUUUCAACGGGGAGUAUAACAAUAACAGCACCCUGUAUACAGUUUGUUGCUACAGCAGUGGAACAAGCCUAUCCAUUGAUUUUUGAGUCUAGAAAGACGAUCAAAUAACCAUUCCUAUUACGGGACCAUCUUAGUGGCUCUGAAUGGAUGGCUACAGAGGCGAAGUUUACCAUAUAACUAUUCCAGGAAUGGACAUACAGCAAAUGAAAGACUGUGAGAAUAUAUGAACACAAGGCAAAUGUAUUCAUAUUGGGAUGUUAAUAUUGUUUUAUUGUGAACUGUUUACAUGACAUGAUGCUGCUGUUUUUCUUAGGAGAGCCCUCCUUAUAGUCUCUGCAGUAAGGGAACAGGAUUGUAAAAUGUGCACUACAUUUAAAGUUGAACCAUUUUUUCUGGUUGAGCUUAGUGUUUUAUUGUAAGGUCUUUUUAAAAAAAAAAAAAAAAGUUAUGCUGUAUAUGAAAACCAAAGAUGCCACCAAUGUUGUUCAUUUGGUUAUAGUGUUUAAAUACAAUUAAUAGAUGUGUAUUUAAUUUUAAGUAAGAACCCUGCUAUGUCAUAAUUUAUUGAAGAAUUUACAAAUGUUACAAUUUACAUUCAUUGGUGAAUUCAAAAUAUUAUUUGUGAAAGCUAUUUUGACUUUAACGGGUCCUCCCAAGUAAUGUGGAUGGCCAAAUUAUUUUAAAUUCAGGUAAAUGUGAAUUUGAUGUUUAUUUUUUAAAAGAAUGCAUAUUUGGUGAGCUUAUGAAAAUGGAGGGUUCCUAAAUUUGGAAUCAAAUCACAUCCUAUUAAUUAGAAAAGCUAGUGCAUCAAACCUUUCCUGGAUUUUAGGGUAUUGAAAAUCACUUAAAUAUUUGCAUGGCUGCUUGUUGAUCUUAAUUUUUAAAAUUGAUCAGCUAAAGCUAAAAAAAAACUUCAUAUACAGCAUCAUCAAAUGGAUCCUAAAAGGCACUGUAAAUUAGUUUUAUUAAAAUAGUUACAUGGUGUGAUGCAUACUGUAUAUCAACCAUUGGGAAUAUAUCAAAACAUAAAAACAAGUAUUGCAUUAAGAUUUUAAAGUAGUAACUUAGGAAACGUUUUCUGUAAUAGAAAAAAAUUGGGAAUAAACUAUAUAGCCCAUAAUGCUGCAGAAGUUAAUUUAAACUUAUACCAGGAGCCUCAUGCCUUUUCAAUAAAGAGAAUCUCACUAUUGGUGAGUUCCAGGCGUUUAUCAUUUAUAAUUUGCUACAAACUGAUCAGUGUAACCUUUGAGUUAUGAAUCUUUCAUACUCCAAAAAGAAUUGCUGCAACUAUUACCAGCGAGAUUUUUUUCUACGCCCAGUUUUACUUGAAAAGAAAUGCUUUAUGAUGCAUAGCAUUGUUCUGAAGUUCCUAACGCAACUUUUCAGCAAAUGUUGCUUUUAAAAAAAAAAAAAUCGUACCUUAGUUAAUGUCCGUCCACAGUUUCUACCAGAAAAUUUAGCAGUUAGUUUGGCACUGCUCUGCAUAAUAAAGUAUGACAUUGCCAGUAUUUCAUCAGAUUUUAUUUAUAAUGAGAACAAGAUUUUAGUUCAAUAAAUUGGAUGUUCAAAAAAAAUGAGGCUUGUCAUUAGAAAGCAUGCUGCACUCUAGCAGUGAAUCUGAUCAUUGGCUCAGCAUCCAUAUUUCCAGCCAAACUCCUGUUCCUAGGUUGAGUAUCAAUCCUCACUCGCUGCGAUUACCACCUGUUUGAAACAAGAAUAUUCCAUUGAACUUCAAACAAUGUCAUCUUUUAUCAUUGCAAUUUCAUGUAAUCUGCAAGCAAAAAUUUCAAAUUAUACAGCGCAUAAAUUAGAAUCCAAAUUUACUUGAACAUAAUCCUUUGAGUAUUGGAAAGCACUUUUGAAUAGCAUUUUUUUUUUCUGUUUUAUAGACCAAUUAUGUUUUGUUUUGUAAAUUUCCAGUUCUCUACAAAGUUGAAGUAGAUGGAUGUACACAAUUGUAACAUACCAAUUUACACUAUUCACAUAAUAAAUGUAAUCUUAACUUUCA